AUGUCCGAAAAAUCCCCCCCCGCCGCAACAGGCCCCUCCCCGCCCAGCCCACCGCCGUACCUCUCGCCGUCCCCCCCCUCCCCCCAGGACACCACCCCCGCAAAACCCAAAUGGUACCGCAGCACGACCUACAACGCGCUCAUCCUGGGGCUGUGCAACUUCCUCGCGCCGGGCCUGUGGACGGCGAUGAAUUCCUUGGGGGGCGGGGGGUCGGAAUCGCCGUACCUGGUGGACGCGGCCAACGCGCUGACCUUCUGCCUGAUGGUGGUGUCGUGCCUGUGCGGCAGCGCGGUCGUGCGCGUGAUCGGGGUGAAAUACACGCUGAUGCUGGGCACGGUCGGCUACGCGCCCUACGCGGCGGGGCUGUACACGAACAACCGCUUCCACAGCUCGUGGCUGCUGCUGCUGGGGGCGGCGCUGUGCGGCCUCAGCGCGGGCGUGUUCUGGCUCGCGGAGAGCAGCAUCGCGCUCGCGUACCCGGAGCCCGGCCGGCAGGGCUUCUUCCUCGGGCUGUGGCUGUCCUUCCGCGUCGGGGGCCAGAUCCUCGGCGGCGCGAUCAACCUCGGGCUGAACGUGCACCGCAACACCGCGGGGAGCGUGAGCUACGCCGUGUUCUUGGUGUUUGUGGCGCUGCAGGCCUGCGGCCCGGUGGCGGGCAUGCUGCUCACGCCGCCGGAGAAGGUCCAGCGGCGCGACGGCGUGCGCGUGCAGCUGCGGCUGGCCGAGGACGGCGUGCGCGCCGAGCUGAAGCACACGCUGCGCUUGCUGGGGGCGCGCAACGUGCUGCUGAUCGUCCCGCUGAUCGCCCAGGCCAUCUACACCGAGGCCGUCAUGUUCACGUACCUCGAUCUCUGGUUCAGCGUGCGCGCCCGCGCGCUGGCCAGUUUCCUGUCCGGGUGCUUGGCGCUCCUGGCCGGGAAUGCGCUGGGCUAUGUGCUGGACCAUGCGCGGGGGAGUCUGAAGGGCAAGGCCCGGGGCGUGUUUGCGGUCGUCAUGACCCUGCAGGGCGGCGUGUGGGUGUGGGCGACGGUGAUCACCUCGAUCUAUCGGGAGAAGGACCAGGCGGCGCUCGACUGGGCGGAUCCCGGCUUCGCGAGGGGCUGGGUGCUCUAUCUGUUCUGGGUGGCUAUGUUUCAGGUGAAUUAUAUGUUUUUGUACUUCGUGAUCGGCAACCUGGCCCGCAACAAGGGCGAGGUCGUGCGGUUGUCGGCGCUGCUGCGCGGCACCGAGUCGGCCGUGCAGGCGGUUUCGUACGGGCUGAGCAGCGUCGGCAUCAUGGCCUCGGUUGGCGGCACGUAUCUCAACUUUGCGCUGUGGGCCGUCUCCGUGUACCCUGCGUGGCUGGUGGUCCGCCAGAUUGGCACCACGCUGGGCGAUCGGAAGAGGGAGAGAGAGGAGGCGCUCGAGUAG